GUAUUCAAAUAAGGCUGAAAAUCGCUGACGCAUUUGUCAGAAGCCUGACAAGUGCCUUUAACUCUCUUCACACUCACCUCUUCGUCUUUCCUCUGCUUUCUUCUACUCUCUCUCUUCCCUAUGCAUUUAAACAGUGAAGAACAGAGAAAAGAGAUUUCAGUAGUGUCUUGUUAAAGUUUUUUUAUUUUUGGGAGGUGGGUUUUGUUUCUUUAGGUCUCUAGUUUCAAAAGCUGUCUCCUUUUCUUGAAUGGAAGAAAAGAAACACAGUUUACAAAGUAACAAGAUGCAGAGCCCUAAAACAGAGGAGGAGGAUGAGUGGAGGAGGAAGAAGUGGCCGUGUAUGAAAGCUGCUCAGUUACAAGAGUUUAGAAUGCAAGCUUUGGUUUAUAGAUACAUAGAAGCUGGUGUUCGCGUGCCUAAUCAUCUUGUUGUCCCUAUUUGGAACAGUCUUGCUCUCUCUUCUUCCUCAUCCUCCGGUUACCUUAUCCACCACAACUAUCCCUCCUCUUCCAAUGCAGUGUUGAAUGAUAAGGUGGAUCCUGAACCCACAAGGUGCAGGAGAACAGAUGGGAAGAAAUGGAGGUGUAGCAACAAAGUCCUCCUGUUUCAGAAGUACUGUGAACGGCACAUGCAUAGAGGCCGUAAACGUUCAAGAAAGCUUGUGGAAUCUUCUUCUUCUUAUGACGUUGCUUCGUCCUUUGCUUCAACCAAACGAGACAAUACUGAUGGUCUUAACAGUAGCACUGAGAGUCAUAGUGUUUCUCAUGGGGCAAUGUCAGUUUCUAGUAAUGCUCAGGUUGUCACCAUUGCUUCACUGCCUAGUGCAAGAGUCUGUGAUAACAUCCCUCGACCAUCUCUAGUGGUCACCGAGUCCACAAACAAAAGUGUGAGAAGGAGGAUCACGGACAUGAGUUAUGAUGACUUCAUCAAACAAAGAGGCGCGACUACGUGUGUUAGAGGGUUUCCCGUUCAAGGUUCUGAGAGGUUACCUUCUGUUCAAAAGUUCUUUCCUGAGGCAUCUGAUAACACCUCAGAAGCUGCAAGAAUCUCAAGCAACAGGAAGAAUGAGAUCAUUGCAAGAAGCAGAGAAUGGAAGAACAUGAAUGUUAAUUGCGGUGGCUUGUUUCCUGGCAUCCACUUCUCUCCAGACACUGUUCUUCAAGAUCGUGGUGGGUUUGGUUUACACAGAGUUGAAACAGACAGCGAACCAGGAAGGUGCAGAAGAACAGAUGGAAAGAAGUGGAGAUGCAGCAAAGAUGUGUUGUCUGGUCAGAAGUAUUGCGAUAGGCACAUGCAUAGAGGUAGUAUUAAGAAGAAGCAUCCAGUGGAAACGACUCACACACAUGAGAAUACCGUGAAAACAGCUGCUAGAUCUGUGACUUGCCAAGAUGGAGAUGGCCAGAAGCUCCCUGUUUCAGUCCUGGGAAGAGAGCAGCUGUCCAGAGUUUCAGAUGAGAAGAAUACCACUAACAGUUGCAGUACCGACACCACCAUCACUGACAUAGCUUUAAAGGGUGAAGAAGACAAUGAGGAGGUCUUGUCAUUGUGUUCUUCAGGUGUUUAAAAAAACAUAGAAAAGUUGUUUGAGGUUCUAAUGUUUUUAGUUUCUAUCUAUGGAUCCUACCUAUUAAUCUGUGUUAGAAAGUUAGAACAAGUCUGAUCACAGGAGAAUAUUUUGAGACACAAACUUCAUUUAGAUUA